UCAAGUUGUACGUGCACACUCGAACAUUAUAGCUAGAUUCUGAGAGGAAAACUCAGUCGACAAAAAUGGAAGCAGUUAACGUUUUAACCCAUCCACAGAUCCCUGGCGAGCCGACUCAGACUUCAACAACCCUUCUUGAGAAGGCCACAGCCACCAUUCAAGGCUUUGGCCCUGUCAACAAGAUCCAUCAGCACCUCUGCGCAUUCCACUUCUAUGGACACGAUAUGACAAGACAAGUGGAGGCACACCACUUCUGCGGACACCAAAACGAAGAAUUCCGGCAGUGUCUUAUCUAUGAUAGGCCCGAUGACGACGGCCGUCUGAUCGGAAUCGAGUACCUAGUCUCGGAAGAGAAGAGCGGUGUGCUGUUCAUGCCCGGUGUUCCAGGUCCCAUUCAGCGUCAGGACCUGGAGAAGGUCGCCAAGACAUACGGCAAAGUCUUCCACUUCUGGCAGGUGGACAGAGGAGACAGUUUGCCACUCGGAAUACCACAAGUGAUGAUGGCGAUGACCAGAGACGGCCAGCUCUAUGAGAAUCUUUCUCAAGAUGUUGAGAAGCGCUAUAACAUUUCAUUCGCGAAGGAGAGGGAGAAUCGGGCAUACAUGACGGGCCCGGCACACGGGAUACACCCGAUGGCGAACGGGGGCGGGCAAGGGCUGCAGACGGUGCUGAGAGAGGUGGAGUGCAAGCCAGUGGGAGUGGAUCACUCGGCUGCUAGAGUAUUUGUUUGAAGCGUCGUUUGGCGGCAGGCAGUUCACACAGAGCAAAUUAAUCUAUAUUUUGUGGAAGUGGAGUCCUGCAGAAAAUGUGACUUAGUACAUUAUCUGGUUUUUUGUGGCGUGCUGUAUCUACAAGGGGUUUGAUGUGUGUGUUUGUAUAUAUAAAAUGCUCCAGAAGUGUCUUUUUAUGUCUAAAUUAAAAAUUACCCGUGCGUAUUAGACACAAGGAAUAAAUUGAUUUUUGUUUCGGAAAAA